AUGUCCCUGCCCUCUGCCACUGUUGCGUGGGCGCGACCGAUGCAGUCACCCGCCUACAACACCGUCACCCCUCGAACCACACUCCAGCCUGCCGCUCCACCCGCGUCUUCUGCCAUGGCUCCUGAGCAGCCCAAGAAGAAAGUUGAGUGGCCGCCUGCCGUACGCGAGUACGUCCGACGUGCUUUCGACCCCGCCAACGCGAUUCCGGGCAUCUCGCAAGCAGACAUGCAGGCAAGACUCAAGGAGACCAUCGGCUACUUCGCUGAGCGCAACUCACAUGACAACGUACAUUGGCCUACCUUUCCCCUGCCUCAGGAGCUUCUUCUCGAGGAACGGAGGGCGGCGCUCAACGCAUCUGCCAAUGGCUUCGCGAACGGCAUGCAACCUACAUACGUAAAUGGCAUUGUCGACCACACUAACCAGAACACACCCCUUUCCAAAAAGCGCAAUGCUCACGACGCUGAAGAAGUACCAGCCGAACAAGCGCAAGCCAGCGUCCCACCAUGGCGCAAAACUAACCUAGCAUCUCGAAUGACCUAUGCCGAUGGACACAGCGAAAAGCGCCAAAAGAAGAACGCAUUUACGGAGGCCGUAAGUAAGUUAGACCAGACUGAGCUUGACAAGCGACGACAACGCUUUCAGCUCGGCAACAACGGCCCGAAAUCAACGCUAGCCUGGGGCUCGUCACGCAAAGACGAAGAUGAAAUGCCUACCGGACCUGUAGUCGGAACCAACGAGAACCUUGAGAAGAGCUAUUUCCGUCUGACUGCACCACCGAAAGCUGAAACCGUGCGCCCCCUGCAUGUGCUCAAGAAGACAUUGGCCAUGCUUGUGGAGAAAUGGAAAGCAGAAAAGAAUUACAAUUACAUUUGUAACCAGUUCAAGUCACUGCGCCAGGAUCUGACUGUUCAACAUAUCAAGAAUGCCUUUACGGUCAAGGUGUACGAGAUCCAUGCGCGGAUCUCAUUAGAAAAGGGGGAUUUGGGUGAGUAUAACCAGUGCCAGACACAGCUCAAGGCAUUGUAUGCGCAGAAUCUGGGGGGCAACCCAGCUGAGUUCAAGGCGUACCGCAUUCUCUAUUUUGUGUAUACGUGCAAUAAGACCGACAUGAACGACAUGCUGGCAGAAUUAACCCUCGCAGACAAAGCACAUCCAUGGAUCAAGCAUGCACUUGACGUCCGAUCAUCACUUGCCCUUGGCAACUACCACAAGUUCUUCCGACUUUACCUCGAAGCCCAGAACAUGGGCGCUUACCUCAUGGACAUGUUUGUUGAGCGUGAGCGCCUUAGUGCUUUAGCUAACAUUUCUCGCGGAUACGUAAAUGUUUCUCUUCGUUUCCUGACUGAUGAGCUUGGUUUCGACAAUGAUGCAUCUUGCCGUGAAUUUCUCGAAACGCACGGUGCGCAAAACACUAUUGAAGACAAGGGCGAUCGCCAGUAUCGGGUCAGGAUCCGCGAGGUCGCAUCGCAAAUCGAGAGUCUCCGUGCCGCGGCAUUCAGCAAAGUAGACAUCAAAGGACAAAUAUGA